UAUUCUCUAGGGUACGGAUCUGUGAGCUGUACGCGUUCAAGGUCGUGGUACAAAACAAGUAGCCGGUAAAGUGGUCGCAUGCAUAUGCACUAUGUGUAUGCUUGAGGACAAUAUAGGCUUUUUUUGGAUAAAGACGAGCGUAGUGGGAGGGAUACCACGCGUUUCUUUUCAAUUUUGUGAAAACUUUUUCAGUUCUAAAUCUAAAUUCUAAAUUCUCGGUUUCUUGGUCUCUUUAGAUUUCACGGAUCUCCAAAUUUCAAAAGUUUACCCCGCCAAAUUCUGUAAUCUGGAAAUUCUGAAAUUGAUAAAUUUCGAAAACUUAUCGUUAGUAAAUGAAGAAAUGAUGAGGCCCAUUCCCCUACAUCGCCAUUUUCCCUAGGGAAGUGUACGGUGCUCGCGAGUGUACAUCAGAAUCUCGUGUCCUGAACGAAAAUAAUAGUUCGGUGAGCGCGACACGAGUCAAGAACCGGCCUACCACCGAUCGAGGUCGGGUUUUUUCGCGACGGUUCGUUCGUUCGCUCGGGUUCACGAUAAAUUACCAGCGACACGCGUAAUCUCUCGACCCUUUCGAUUCGCCUAGUGACUUCGCUAUAGUGUGCCUCCUUCCAAUUGUACCGUGCUCGCGAGUCGCUCUCUUUCUCUGUAUUAUCACGGAACACGGUCCGAGUUCGCUCGCACGCGACUCCGUGUAAGGAAGUGUGGAGGAGCAGCGGUGCGCCGUAUUCUCGUCUCGCGAUACUCGUCGAUUUUUCUUUCACGUGUAUGCUGUGUGCUCCUAGUGAAUGUUGUGAAACGAAGGUGAAGAAAGAAGAACCGACGAAGUCAGGCGGAAAGAAGAAGGAUCGAGUGGAACACGUCGUUGGGUAAAAAAAGUAGAGAGAAGGAUAAACUGGCGCGUAAGCGGACCAGGCAAGUAGAAGUUCGAGAGUAAGAGACAGACACGAACGAUAUAACUAAAUUCUUUGCACGUGGAACGAACGACGGAGAGUGUAAACGGGAACGGGAAGAAAGAUCGAAACGAAAACUGAAAAAAAACAUAUACACGCGAUUCUUGAUGCGUAUCACGGUUGGAGAAGUCCGGCCAUCGAUUUGCCGUCCGCGAAUCUAGUGCGCGUUUGAAAUCGUGCUAGUCUCGUGUGUGUUACGUGUGUGCACGUAAGCUAACGCAGCCAGCGAGGCGCGCGGACGGUCGAGAAAAGGAGGAAGAGGUGGCGGUGGAAGAGGAGGAAGAGAAGAAGAGGCGGUUGAACAGGCGGGUGAAGAGAAAAGUUCGAGAAGCGGCAGUAGCGCCAACCAACAACAACGUCAACGUCAACAUCAACAACAACACGACGUAACACGUAGCCAGCCGCGGUGCACGGGGCUGUUUGUUCUUGGUGUGCGUUUCUGAACGUUUCUCGCGUUGUGUGUCGGUGUGAGUGCCGGGAUUGCAGGGAAAGAGGUAGUGAACCGAAGCCGCCAGAAUUACGCCAAACCGGGGAAAUAUGAGCAUUGCUGCCCUACUACAGGCCGCCGAGUAUAUUGAACGAAGGGAAAGAGAAGCUGAACAUGGCUACGCUUCGACGAUGCCGAUGCCCGAUGAUAUGCGGACGGUCACAAAAAGGCCAAAGACGAAAAAAUCCCAGGGCAGCAGGACGACUCAUAACGAGCUGGAGAAAAAUAGGUGAGUUGAAGCUUCCGCAGCUAAGUCGACCCGCAAGUUUAAGGAGAGCUCACCUCAGAAAUUGCCUCGAAAAGUUGAAGGUGUUGGUUCCGUUGGGUCCCGAAACUUCAAGACACACCACGUUAGGUCUUCUGACCAAGGCCAAGCGUUUUAUCAAGAGCCUGGAGGAGCGCGAACGCAAGCACGCGGUGCACAAGGAGCAGCUGUCCCGCGAGCAGAGGUUCCUCAGGCGACGGUUAGAGCAACUGACGAGUCAGACGGGUCUUCAUGGGCUGCACGGGCUCCACGGGCUCCACGGUUUGAGCUCGAGCGUCCCGACCGGUUCCUCUUGCGGGCCGGGGGCAGCAGCCGCCGCCGCCGCGGCUCUUCUCUCCAAACGUCGAAGCGUAUCCGAAUGCUCGCUCGGCACGGCCUCCUCCACCAGUUCCACGGCCAGCUCCAGGAACUCCGACAGGUCUGCGGGCAGUCCAUCCGUCUCGGAGUCCGAUGAAGUAGACGUGAUCGGGUACACGAGCAACCAGUCGGACACCGAUGAUCACAGCAGCGUGCAGAGCAGCAGCGACAGUGGCGUCGCAAUGUCCACAUCCAGGCUGACCCUUUCCGAAAUGAUGGACAAUCUUUAGGUACGUAUCAGACAAAGAAGAGGUGGCGCGGUGGCGGCAGAAGGAAGCGGAGGAGGAUCGUUCGAGGGCGAAGAAACGACGAGAAAAGGGUUUGGAAGAGCGGGAAGAGACACGGAGAAGCUCGGAACCGGAAGAACGGAAAAGUAUCGGCUGGCUCGUACGCGGAUACACAUCUCUGUCCACUGAGGAGAACACUUAACACUUUCAGACCCAACGGUGUAACAAUACGCGUUCCAUAGAGGCAGCGAUCCGUGCACCUGUCACCCUGGGACCGAACGUGUUAACGCGAUGUGCAGCCGCGUACACGGACGCUGGAAAUCGGGCCAAAGGAACCGAGUAACUUUGCCGAUUAAACGAAACUGACCAACUGGCGAACGGACUCAGCAUCCUCGAUCGAAGGAAAUCGUCCUCGAGGAAGAAACGUUGAAGAAGCUGAAUUGGUCGCGUGUAAAUUGUCGUCGAGGCUUGUACAUAUUUUUAAGGGAGACUAAAUUCUUGCGAGGAGAAACAAAAAAGGGAAGAGACAGCGAACGAGAAACAAGAACUCGGUUGUUGACGGACAAGAUUUCAACGGAUCGACUCGAGUCGAUCAAGAGGGACACGUUGAUGCUGGAUACAUUCUGCGAACCGUGUGUACCGAUCGCGGAUCGUCUCCUUUUAUCCGAUCUUUCUCGCCCGUUUCUUCGUGCCGAAUUUCAUCGGGAUGUUGACCCCAGAAGAGGAACAAGGAUUCUUGUCGAUCUGUUCGACCAAAUUUCUCGCCACCGUCGUUCUUGCGAUCGGUUUUCGUCUUUUCAUUUGUCUCGCUUGCUUUUGCUUUCGAACAAGAGGGCGCUAGCGAUGGGAUCCAACAUUCGGAACCUUUUACGAGUAUCGCGUCACUCUCGUAUCUGGACUUUUCUGCUGUCUUCGGGAUUCGACUACUAUCCUUUCGAAAUACUAUCCCAGUAUUUCAAGUACAACCUGUUACGGGUAGUAUUCGAAUUUCUCGAAGAAAAACUUCGAUCCCGACACUCGGGUGCAACGUGGGUUUCUCGAUCGAGGAGGGAACAUUUCGGAACUUUGGAAGAAUCUGCGGACUAACUAGGAUCUUUUCUCGGAUGGCGAUGCAAUUUUCUUCGGUUAUGGGAAUCCUGGAAAUCGCAGAGAAAUCCGAAAGAAACGGAGGAAGAUCUCUUCCCGAACAAAUUCAUCUUCAGGACGAAGGGCAAAGGUUUUGAGGGAACCUGAAGGAAACGAAGAACCUCGAAGAGUUAGAUCACCUGGAGGGAUAGCCUAAUAUGGAUGAACACCGCAAGAAUUCACCGGCGAAUCCUGGGUCAUCGCGUUCGAUAAGCCUAAGUUGCACUCGACUGUACUUCUAAAACUCGAUCCCAUCUCUAGACACGGUUUGUUUCUGUCUUCGUCGUUUUUCGAUCCCCGGCCAAAGAGAUCCGAUUCGAGCAAACCCCUUGUCGCCUCUGAUCGCGAGGGAAGCCGAAAAAAACACUCGAAAAUGGAGACGUCUUCGCUUUUUCGCGGGAAACGAUGAGGAAUCUUUAUUUUGCGCGAAGAAGAUCAUUGCGGAAGGGCGUGUAAACGGAGUUAGAGGAAAAUCAAGGGUGAAGAAGGGGAUAAAGAGGGAACGAAUGGGAUCGUUGUCGAGAAGGGAGACGGAUUUCUUCGCGAAGACGGAUUUCUUCGGUAGCCCUACGGUUAAUUAACAAAGACAGAGGGGUAACAGUCGAGAGGACAUCGACAAAAAUCACGCGCAUGCAUGCAUACACACACAUACAUACACGUACACGAAGAUAAAAUGAUAAAAAUGUUCGAAAAAAAGAAGGAUAAGAGAUAAAACGAAGCAAAAAAAAAGAGAAUAACACAUACACCGUAUGAAGAACCGUCGUGUGUGUGUGUAUGUUCACCUGCACACGAUGGCACACAUAUUAGAUUUCUGUAUUAAUUAAGGGAGGGUCGAAUGGGAGGGAGGGGGGAGGGGGGUGAUUGCGCCGUGAUAAAUACGGGACGAGUUUAAUUCUUUAAACGUACGCUCUAAUCGUAAUAAGUGAAACGUGUGUUUAACCUCGUUUCGUUGUAAUACACGCAUUCAAAGAGUACAAAUUCUGUGAAGUCCCUCGUUGGUUGUUCGAGGAUGUACCAGGACACCGCCACCACCUGUUGUUGUUGUUGUCGUUCCGCGGAAAAAGAAACGACGAUUCGGUUUUACUUUGAAACGGCCAGGGUAGAGGAAAGAAGAAUGCGCGGGCACAGGUGUCGAGUGUAAUACAAUGUUUCUGGUAUGUGUGCGUGUAAGAGAGAGGAGAUGGUAUAGUAGAAGUAGAAAUAUAGCGAAUUUCACGAUAUAAGAAUUUGAAGGUUGGAGAAUUUCGAAAUUUUCAAGAGGAGCAUUCGAAAUUCCAGGGGAACACGAACUGCGGUGAAAGCAACAGCGGGGUUUAGAUUUUUUACGAACCAGUUGAACUACGCUAUAUUUCCGCGACUGCUACGAUCAAAAGAACGUCGUGACAGAGAACGUUUCGAAAGAAAAUAAGGUCGUAAAUGGGUCCAAAGAGUUCCUCGAAGGGAAGAUCGAUCGACAAAAGGGAGCCUGUUACGAAGUAUAAAGACGAACGCAACAAGAUCGACCCCUGACUAAAGCUUCCACUUUGCGGCUCGAGUGAAACUUUACCAGGCAAGAUCUGACCGGCUCCCUCGCAAACCUUUUUACGAUCCAUACGAAUUCCAACUUUGCGUCUUACGGCCCUGAUUCAAACUCCCCGUUAACCUACGGUAGACUCCCGUUAUAUUGCCGACGUAGAUGCAAGAAAUUUUUAGGAUCGGUUUAACCAAAAAGGGAGGGCGCCACUAGCCUGCGAUGCAACGAGAGUCUACUGUACCACUUUUCGUACUCGUGUUUCGGCGACCAAAUUUUCUAGAUUUUCGCUUUUUACUUGUUUUACGAUCGCGCUAUGUCGCUAGCGUAUACCGUGUACGAUUCGAACGAUACAGCGAGGUCGUAAAUUAUAGCGUUAAAUUUUGAUCACGAAGUAUUAAAACUGUACCGAUUAUAAUCGAACUACAGCGAAAGAUUAUAAAUUGAAGUUCCGGGUUUGAAGAACCUCGGGUCGUAAGCGACUCAAAGUCUUUUCGGAAGAGUAGCAGGCUCGAAGAUCGAUCACCUUCUUGGAUCGAAACAGCGAGGCAGGAAUCGUUCGAGAUACACGGAGUCGAGUUUUCCGGCUAGGUUUACGCAGACCAGAUAGACUGAUUACCAAACGUAACGAGUGAUCUCUGAACAAAAAAAAACAAACAAAUAAACAACGGUUUUAAACGGCGUUAGUUUGUAAGAAAACGAUAACAAACGAAAAAUGAAAAAAAAUAGGAGGUUAACCAUUGGGGAUAUACAAGGAUCUCGAAGUACGUCAAGGGGGUUGGGCGAACCAAAUUUGAAACACACCUUUCGGACAAUUUUCUCGCACAGUACCCUUCGAUUAACCCUUAGGUGGCUGCAACCCUACUUAAUUUGAGAAUUUGGGAAUUUGUGAAGGGAGAGUUUGGAAAUUUGGUAAUUUAGCUCGCUAAGUUUUCAAGUUUCUAAAUCUUUGUUUCCCAGAUUUUCAAAUUUGUCUUUGGGUUACUAAAUUUUUCAACAUUCUGAAUUCCCACGUUUAUAAACGAAUGAAGUAAAAAAAACCUGGCUCAGACAAAAUUUCUAUUAUGUUAUUUUUCCUACUAAAACUAAAUAAUUUUCCUAUUAUUUGAAUAACAAUCGGUAUAAAUUGCAGGAAAUGAAGGAAUAUGUUGUAAGGAAGAAUUGUCAUGACCGUGCAAAGAAAAUUCGAGUAUCCAUCGAAGGGUUAAUCGAAACGAACGGGUGGUAGUUGAUUCUUCGACGAACAACGCAGAAAUCGAACAGGGACGACGGAAACGAUGUUCUCGUCGAUUAAAUUCGAGGAGGGGUUAAGAAGGACGCAAUCUUUUCGAACGACAGCCAACGUGAAAAAGGAGGAGGCAGUUUCGAAGAUUGAUCUUGCUGCGGAAACACAAAUAAAAAAGAAAGGAAGAAAUGAACACUCGAGUCCCAUCCGGAAAAGCGACCAAGCCGAAUGAAAUAUUUUCAGCAAGGCAAGCCGCGACUUUUUAACGUUAAACGUAAACGAUUACUCCCGCAGUCGUUGUUGUAUCAACAAUCGACCAUAUUCUAUAGUUGAAACGCAAUCAUAUUGGUUGUUGCAGAGGAUUAACCGCGGCCAAAACACAUCAAACACAAAAAACGAUGGGACUCGAAACAAACGGAAGAAGAUUUAACGUGGCGGACAUUUUGUUCGAAGUCCUCGAAAAUGUCUCCUACUUGGACCUUUCCUCCUUGUUUCUCUUAUUUUUUUUUUAAUCGUGCAACGACGAAAACGAGCAAAUUUUCAGUUGAGGGAAUUAUUUAUUUAUCGAAAAACGAUUUCUUGAUGCGAAGAACGAGGUUCGACUUGCAUUUUCUGCCGUGUCGAUUUUUCUCGCGUUAAACAUUGUUGGCUGUCGUUCAACGGACGACGAAGAAUAGGGUGAAACGGAAGACGUGGAUUUCUAGAAUGGGCGAACGAGUGGAAACGAGGGAACCACCAAAAACCACCACAAACCAAAAAAAAAAAAAAUACACGCAUACAUAUAUACAAAAACGAAGAAAAAAAGAAUGCAUAAAUUACAAACACAAAAACGUCUACAACAAAAAAAAGAGACCUGUUGGGUCUGGGGAGGGAUAACGAGCAAAUGAAUAAUAAUAAAAAAUAAAAAAUAAAAACACACAUAAUUAACAUUUUACAUGUAAGAGGUUUCAUUAAGUGAUUAACGAUGAAUGUCUCUUGAACGUGUAGAUCGUUGAUGAACGCACCUUCGUAAGUUAAUCGUUCAUUUUCCUUUCUCUUUUCGUUUUUUUUUUUUUUACAUUCGUGACUUUUGCUUUCGUUUUCGUCGUUGCCAUCCAGUCGUUGUACGUGCCGUAUAUCUCUUACGACAAAGAAAAAUAAAAAGAAAAGAAAAAAAAACAAAACGAGAAACGAUGAAUUUUAUCGUUUUAAAUCUGGGUUCGUAGUACCUUGUAGCGUGAUAAAGAUGUAUGUAUUCUAUAUAUUAAAUAGGGACACGCUCGCCCGAUGUAUUAUUAAGGAGAACGCAGAGACGAAUCGAAAAUAUUUCCGAAAUCAGGAUUACGAACGAAAUUUCAUCUUUUUCCUUUUUCUUUCGAUAUUCGAGGGUAUACGUUCACCCUCGUGGUCGAAUUAUAAAUUUGUAUAAUUGUUAAAUUUUGUUAUUCGAAUAAAAUUCGAAAGAGCGUUUCUUUAGAAUUUGAUUUUGACUUUAGAAACAAUCGAAACCGUACUAUUUCCUUUUCAACCGAACGAAAUUCACAAUGGUGAACGUAUCCCGAAGGUUUCUGUUCGGUCGAAAAAAAGUGUCGAGUGCUCAGCCUCGUUUCUUGAAAAAAUAAUCCGAGCAACGAUCGAUUUGCGUUUUCACCCCAGAAAUUCCGUUGUUUCAAGGAUAUAUCGGGCCGGUCUGUACCCACGAAAAUGUGAUAUUAAAAUUAACACGAGAGGGAAGCAUACGAUGAGGCGGAGGGAAGCGGAGGAUUAAACGAGAGGGAAUCGACGAGGAUAUUUAAAAAUAAAAAAAGAAGGGAAAGAAAGAGAAGAGGAAGCAGGUUUUCGGGGGUUAAGGGGUGUAACUGAAAAAAGAUCGAUGCACCAACGCAUGAAAGAGGGUCAGACACGUGUGUGUAUGCUUUUUUUCCUGUAUGAAAGAGACAGAGAGAAUGCGAGAAAACGAAGAGGGAUAAAAGAGGGGUUGAAGGCGGGGAAGAGACGCAGGAGUAUUGAGUGGAUGGUUUUUAUCGCGAAUGACGGUUUGGGCACAGAUCACAACAGCAGCAAUAUGAAUUGAUGCAGUAUUGAGCUGACAAAACGAAUGACAAAAACAAAAAAAUACUUGUUACUCCAGCCGCUAGAAAUAUAUGUAAGAUGUAUAAUUCAAACAGUGGAUAAUGCAAAAGUGAAAACUGCGUUCCGUUCUGGACUCGAGGGUGCCGUGUAAUUCGUUCAACCGUACUAUUCGUUCAGGAUAUUUUCCUUUUCUUACGCGUUUCUAUUACUUUCGAUCCUCGAGCCCAUUUCGCGAUCGUCAGUCUAACGUUUAAGGAACCUUUAAGUAAUAACUUGAUGAUCGAUAACUAAAAGUAAAAAUAUAAAAAAAAGAGAGAAAGAGAUCGCGAGAGAGAGAGAGAGAACGAGAGAGAAAGAGAGAGCGAGAGAGAGAGCGAAAGGAAGAAAGAAAGGGAGAGGAAGAGGAUGACGGUGGGGAGGAAAAAAAAUACAAAUAUGAAAUAAUAAUAAUGAAAAAAAUGGGUGUUAUUUUUAGAUGUCUAUUAGAUUAUCAGAACCAGAAAAACUAAAGGAUAAAAAAAUGCUUAAACAUAUAAAAAAAGGAAUAAAAAAAUGAGAAACCUACUAUUAAUACUACUACUACUACUACUACUACUAUUACUACUACUGCUGCUACUACUUCUACUACUAUUACUACCGUAACUUGUAAUAAGGAUUUAAAUGAACAUAGGAACUUAGUUGAUGCGAUUUCACAAAAUGAUGCAACUUUUUGAGAAGAGCGUCCCUUCUUUUUACGAAUACCUGCGCAGGACGAAUUCCGUACGUACAGAGAGCGAGAGAGAGAGCGAGAACGAGAAAGGGAGAGAAAGAGAGGAUCCGUGUUACAUCCUGAACAUUUCGACCAAACAAAAGAAGAAACAAAAUGGAACCAAAAAGCGAGAAGAGUCGAAACAAUCCUUCUGAUAGUUGAAAUCAUUUUUUAUUAAAAAAAAAGAUUAAAAAUAAACACUGAACGUGUCGCCCAGUCCUGUGCAGGUGCGACUAAUAAUCGUGGGCGUGAAAGAGACGAAGACGACGAAGGGCGACGUAGGCGUGUCUCUUUUCUUUUUAUUUUAUUUCUUCCCUCCCAAAGAAGCGAAACAAAAGGUGUGGUCGUCUCCCUUCGUCGCGCUCAGGGACACCUUUUUCCUCGAGACGUUUUGCCGCUUUCAUUGUUUAGAUGAUUACUAUUUAACGACAAACAAACAAACAAAAAAAUACAUAAAUAAAUAAAAAAGAGAGAAGUACGAGGGAGAAGCGUUAUGAACAGGAAAGGUCGACGGGUACCUUUUUUAAAAAGAAAAAACCGUGCACGUCGUGCAUGAACGUAUCAUUGCGAGGUGGGCUUUUCUUUUUUCAAAGAGGAAGAAGAUGAAAAACGUCAACAACCACGAAAGCAAACAAAAAAAAGAAUACACAACAAAAAGACAUUUCCAAAAAGAAAAUACGAAAAAAAA